AGUGGUUCUGUCAUUAGCAAGUACCAUUUCUUGCAGCUUGAAUUUUUCCAUCGAAAGAGGGAAGCAUACACGUCAAAGAGCAUGUCCACAGAUGAGCGACACCUGCUCAUCAUGGUUGAAAGGUUGCCCGAUGAGAUUGCACAAGUAUACAGCCGAACAAAACACAAGAAGCCAUCUCAGCACAGAAACUCCUUCAAGCAUCGCAAGUUGAAAGACAAAGGUGGAGACCAUGGCGAAAGCGAUGGUGAAGUAUUGUCUCCGGCGGCACGUGAAAGCAGAAAGCCCACUACUGUGUCACCGUCUCGUCUGCCUAUGUCAUUGCCAAUGUACAGUCGUAGCAUUAGUUUGCCAUUAACGCGCGAGGAGAAAACAGAAGCCUGCAAUCAGAGUUUGAAAGUCAAGGUCAAAGUCGAGCCUAGAGUGAAAGUGAAGAUUAAAUCAAACAAAAGAGGAGGGUCUCAUGAGUCAAACAAGGUGUUGCGGAAGAUCAAGAUACGCAGGAUCUCCAAUGAUGUGUUGCCUCCCAGCACACCUGAAACUGAUGCGAACCCUGAUGUGAAAGCUCUUUUUACCAAAGAUGAUGAAGAAGGUAGUAGCAAAGAACCAUCUGAAAAGUAUGAAAUUGUUUCAUCAUCUGGAAAGGUAACAAACGUUCAUGAGGAAUCUGGUGCCGCUAGUGAAGAAUCUGGUGCUGCUAGUGUGUUUGAGCAGACCACUGUUACGAAAGGCAACGUCGAGGCCUGGCUUAGAGGUCAUGUUGGUGAGUCAAGCGAAGGAGUAAAAGAAAACACAAACAGCUUUUCAGAAGAAUCAGUCUUCAAGGAAACUAACACAUCAGAUGAAUCUUCAGUCAACCAAGACACUGAGUCGUAUAACAGUGACCAUGAGGAGGAGCUAGUGGAAAGUGAUGGGACACAGAGAACAGAGAUUGAUGCCGCCGAUUGCACAAGUUCAGACACUGAGAUUGAUGAGGCAGAACAAUGUCAGCCAGAAGUAGCCAGCUUCGUUGAUGUAAAUACUGCAGCAUCGAUGUCGGAUGAAGAAUCCUCUCAUAGCGACAUGCUGCGCGAGUGCUCUACUGCAUUGGAAGACAUAGUGUCAGAAGUGUGUGCCAAGAAAAAUUUGCCAGUAGAAGAAGAUGGGGACAGCUCUGAUAAUAACUGUGCUGAAGACAUGGCGACAGAAGCAGGGCUGCGUGAUUCACCUUCACCAUCUGUGGAAAUGAAAGACACAUCAGCACAACCAAGUGAGACAAUAGAAGAAGCAAUCAUAGCUGAAGUACUUGAUGACUCUGAUGAAUUGUGUGUUGUUGAGCAGAACCAAGCUGUGUUGCCCAUAGAUGUCAUUGACAUCACUGAUGACACAGUUGUACUGACCUCUCUAGUGGGAGAAUCCCAACCAUGUGCAAGAACAGAUGUGCCACCUAAUUCAUCUGCAAGUGACCCAAACUCCGGCAAAACAUCACGUGCGGUGACUGUUGUAGACCUCACGAGUGAUGACGUUGACUGCUAUGUUGUCAGCCCUGAGAACUGUAAUGAUGAGACAGCUAACCCUGAAAUGACAACUGCCCCUGAGGUGACAGUGUCACCUAAGGCAACGACCCCUGAGAUGACAGGUGCUGCUGAGGUGACUGCCUCCACGGGCAUGACAGGGGUCUGCAUGGCAGCGGCCAAAGAACUUGAUCAAUUUGCUAACGAGACCAUUUCGGAGAGUUGGGACGUAGAGGCAGAGUCGAUCCUAGAGUGUGCAGGAGAAUAUUUAGGCCACCUAGAAAAGUGUUUGACAAGCCUGGAUCUAAUGCAAGAAGCAAUGAAGAGCAUGCUUGUCACUUCACUUCAGAAAAAGGGUCAUGUGCUCAAGCAAAUCUUCGUGCUGCUGAAAAAAUUGCUUCGUCACCCUGAGCAACUGAAUAGAGUACAAUCUAUAGAAUCUGGCUUUUGUGUUCUUUUGGGAAUCGAAACCUCAUUGAAAAUGUUGCCCGGCUCUCAGAUCCCUGGCCUAGAAGAAAAGGAACCAAAUAACGCUACCAAGGCUCUUAUCCAACGACUUUCAAUUGCAGUAAAUGAUGACCACGCAAGAGUCCCAGUCAAAACGACCUCUAUAGCCCAAGAAGUUCCUUCGGUUGAGCACAGACUUCCACAGCGGGCAAACAGCGCAAAUGAAUGUAGUAUGAAUGCUGUCAAUGCGAGGUACUUUAGAGGGAAUUUCGUUCCACCACCAUAUCAGCGUCCACGAAUGACAUGGAGGAAUCUAGUGGCUGUUGCCAAUAGAGAGCGCCAAUGUGCAGCAUUUAGGGCUGCAACUGCCACUAUGCCAAUGGCUUUGCAGGGAAGUCAAAGGAGACUUCCACUAAGGAUGCCAUCAUUAAUCCAAAGCAAUAGAGUAGCAGCACCAGCAAUUUCCCGUGUAAAUUUGAGAGCCGCGUCAGUCUUCAUUGUGACAGGUCAUCGUCGUCACAGUCAACAUGCGGUGUUCCACAACAGCAACUCAUCUCAAGAGGCACAACACAGCAGCUCAAUUCGAAAAGCACUACAGAAUUUGCAGCCAGUCGUACAGAGGCAAAUCCACCAUGGUCAACCAGUGCUCAGGCAAGGCAGUGACCCGAACGUCUCCACAUUACUAAAGGAGUUGAAGCAGAUUGCGAGUCCUUCAUCUUCAAGCAACACUACGGUUUCAAGGGAGAAAGCUGUCACUGUGGAAGCCAAACAGGUACAACCUUCAAGGCAAGCUACUGUAGCUUCAACCAGUGUUGCUGCAUCUACACUGCUCUCUGUCACAUCAGCAUCCCUGGGCCGCCAAAUCUCAGUGUUGCCAGUGGCCACGGCAGGAUGCAGUGGCAAGGUCAUAGCACUACCUGCAAACGUGACACUCUUGCCUGCUACAACAUCGGUUUCAGCCGCUACGUCGUCUGCCACAACCACAAACACCACCAGUGUAGUGGGAGGAGCAAAAGCAGUCUCAGAGGUCUCGCCUUCCAGGGCGAGUCCGCAUAGCAUUCUGCAAAAGCUCCAGCAAAACCUGGGUCUGACGGUGAGGCCAGUACAGCAGAAGGAGAAGCUAGACAAAGACAGUACUGCUGCAUAUGGAAGUCCGUCACAGAAAAACAUUCCCACUGAUGUCGCCACUUCUUCAAGUGAAACAGCGGUGUCCAGGAACAGUGUCAUUACCAUACCUUCGGGUCUGAGCAUAACAAGUGCACCAACAAGGGUGUCUACAGCUGAUAAGAUAGCAAACAAGACAUCCGAACAAGUAGCAGUUAUAGAGCUUGGCAAGGUAGGCCAACGCCAAUUGCCUCUUCAGACUGCCAAACCAACAAUAGCAUCAGCAGUGAGCACUGCAUCAGGCAUGCGUGUCAACACGGCCAUGUUGCAGCCCACAAGCCUUGCAGCAACACAAGCUACUCUUCAAAGAACAAUAAGCACGAGUGGGUCAGCUCCAAGAACAGUGCCCCCUCAGCACCAAAGGCCCGUUGGCAACAGCAAACAUGUGGUCGAUUGGAGGCCCACACAGAGUCUCCCCGCACAUUCCUUCCCCUAAAGUGUCUGGUGCUGCGACAAUAGUUUCAGGUUCAAGGUGUGCGGCGCCACCUGCAUCGAAAUCCACUACCGUAACGACAACUUCCCACAGACUGUUGUUACCAAGGCUGCCUGCGGGAGUGGUUCGGCCGGCUAGCACAGUUCCUAGGCAUAGUGCACCUCAGCAGCCACCUUUACAGGCUGCCGCAAGCGUUGCACCAGUAUCAGUGCAAACUACAACGCUGCAGAAUGCUCGGUGGCCUCAGCACCAGCAGAAUGUGCAGUUGGGCGUGGUUGUUCCUGGACUUCGCGUGGUGCAGGCGCCCAGCUUUCAAGGCAGAGCGGUGGCUAUACCACCGCCACCGCCCCUCCAAUGGUGUAGUUCCACUGUGACAGUUGGGAGACCUGUUGGUGUCAAUGUCUGGCGCCCGCACGUCGCAGUUCCUCCAUUCCCAUGGGGAGGCUUUGCACCACAAGACCCUCGCCUUGUGGCUGGGGCACACCCAAGCGGACAACGAGUGCUUCCUGGGCAAGCCUGCGCCUGCACAGCAGGUGUCUACACAAUUUCUCGUCCUCAACCUUCCAACAUAAUUUGUUGGACUGUACAUGCCUAAUAUGUACAGUCGAGCCCAAUAAGAGUUGCAACGUGCUUCCCGUGAUCAAAGUGGCGCCAACACUGUGCAACGGCGCUGAUAUAGACAGCAAUCAGUGACAGUGACGUAAACUCUGUCUCGAUAGCUGAUGUGUUCAAUUAUCCUGCUCAACGACACUGCAGUAACGUAAAAAAUGGAUAUGCUAGCCAUUUAUAGUUCACCAUUGUAAGAAGUGCACACGUGUUUCCCAUGUUUCAAAGAACAAAAUUUAUAGGAAAAUAGAAGAAGGAAGGGGAAAUUUUAGAAGCCCUUUGGAUCCAUAACGAGGGUGAAAAUUGUGUCAGUUCACCCUCUCUCCUGCUAACGAAGAAAGAAAUAGACUUCUUGAAAAAAAGAUUGUGAUUAGCGAGUGUUUUAUGUGCACACUGUUAGUUCAAAAAAUUUAUAAAAAGCUGGUUUUCUUGCAAUAAACAAUUAAAUUGGCAGUCA